GAAAGACCUGAAGAAGAGGAGGAAGAGGAAGAACAACAACAACAAGAGGAGAAAGAAGAAAAGGAAGAGGCGACUCAGCCUUCCAGCAACCAAACGGAAACAGACAACAUUACAGAGGCUCCUCUCAGCGAGUGUCAGACCGUUGGCAGAGAAAUCAGCUGCAGGGGCCUUGGCAUGACUCACUUGCCAAUCAUCAACAACCUGGAGGCCACAAAACUGGACAUGGCAGAGAAUAACAUCAGAGCCAUGGCUCCACAAGAUUUCUCUGGCCUGAUGAACCUUGACACACUAGACCUGAGCGACAACAAACUGGACGACGAGUCGUUCAACCAGAACCCUCUGUCUAACUUGACCUUUCUGAAGAAGCUGAACCUAGAUGGCAACCAGCUAACCAGGAUCCCUAUGCUGCCACCAUCUCUGGAGGAGCUCAAGAUUAACAGGAACAAACUUAGUACAAUCAGCCCUCACAGUUUUAAAGGUCUGAGCAACCUGUUGAAUCUGGAGCUGGAGGAGAAUACUCUUCAUGAGGGCAGUGUGUCACCACUGGCUUUCAGACCUCUACAGAAACUUACAGGUCUCCAGCUGGACAAGAAUCACUUCCGUUCCCUCCCUCUGGGCCUCCCUCCCUCCCUACAGAAGCUAGAAAUGAAUGAAAAUCUGGUUGGGGAGGUGCACGAAGAGACACUGAGAGGCUGUGUCCAUUUGAGAGUUCUGAACCUGAGUCAUAAUCUGCUGCAUGAGCAAGUCAUGGCUGGCCACACCUGGACCCCUCUCAAGUCCCUGGAAAUCUUGGAUCUGUCCUACAACCAGUUCACUUCUGUCCCAAUGUAUCUACCUCGCUCUCUCCGUAACCUGACCCUCCAGCAUAAUGACAUCAGUGACAUACCGGCCUUUACGUUCCGUCACUUGCGUCCUGGUCUACAGUCACUCCGACUAUCCUACAAUGCCUUGAGUAAUAAGGGUAUAGAAAGAGUCUCUCUUGUUGGAAUGUACCGCUCACUGCGGGAGCUCCUAUUGGACAACAAUCAUCUGGGGGAGGUCCCUCACUGUGUUCGACAGUUUAAGAACCUACAGGUGUUGAGACUGGACAACAACCAGAUCAGACUGGUGAGGCAGUGGGCAGUGUGCCACCCACAUAACUCUGGCUCCACUUUGGCCUCGGUCCACCUCGAAAAUAAUCAGCUAGAAAUUGAGAAGAUUCCCCCAAAUGCCUUUUCCUGUGUCACUGAUGCCCGGGGACCAGUUCUCUAUCCACAACAAGUGAACACUUAUGACCAACAGGAUGCAUAAAUAUACAUGGACAGAUACAAAAUCAAAAUAAACAUGUGCAGCU